ACAAAAAAGUGCUUCCAGAGGCUGGGCUGGGCUGGGUCUUGUUGCUGCUAGUGGGAGAGGAGCAGUCUGCCUACAUGGUGAAGCGAUAACUUGGAACCUUUCAUCCUCCUUUUUUCCCCAUUUUGCACACGAGGAAGGCUCAUGUCUUGCCUAUAGACAUGAUGAGCUUCGUGCAAAGCAGGACUUUCUUACUUCUGGCUUUCUUUCUGGCACAAGAACUGUUUGUGAAAUGCCAAGACAUCAGUGGAGAUGACGAAAGCUGUACGGAGGACGGUCAGACGUACUCCAACAAAGACGUUUGGAAGCCAGAGCCAUGCCGGAUCUGUGUGUGUGACAGCGGGACCAUCUUAUGUGAUGAGGUCCAGUGUGACGACAUGACCAACUGUGAGAGGGUGUACACUCCGCCAGGCGAGUGCUGUCCUCGGUGUCAGACCGACACGGACGGCUAUGAGACUGGCACGUCAGGUGGUACAGUGUAUAAGGGUCAAAAAGGAGAGCCAGGAGAUGUCCCUCUCGUGACAGGAAUUCGAGGUCGCCCAGGGCAAAUGGGUCCUCCCGGGGCACCUGGAUUUAGAGGCGACCGUGGUCCUAAAGGCAGACCUGGUCCAAGAGGACCAGCAGGAUAUGACGGGGAACCCGGUAUUCCAGGAAACCCAGGACCACCCGGCCCGGCUGGACAUCCAACUCAUCCAGGAGGCCAGCUGUCUGCUAAUAUGGCUGGAGGAUUCGAUGAAAAAUCAGGAAACCUGGCAAUGUUGCACGGGUCGCAGGGUGAGGCUGGAGCAAGAGGACCCCCUGGGCCAAACGGCAUGCCAGGAUCCUCUGGACCUCAAGGAUCCCCUGGUGAUGUUGGUGAUCCAGGACCAAUGGGAAAUUCAGGUCCAAGAGGUCCUGAAGGCCCUCCAGGAAAACCUGGUGAAGAUGGUGAAGCAGGAACUGGAGGAAAGAAUGGGGAGAUGGGAUUUCCAGGGUCACCGGGAGCAAGAGGAUUCCCUGGCACACCUGGACCCCCUGGCCUUAAAGGUCACAGAGGGCACCAAGGGCCAGGUGGUGUGAAAGGAGAGCGUGGUACCGUAGGAUCGAAGGGAGAAUCAGGUCCUACAGGUCCUAUGGGUGGACCUGGUCCUAUGGGCCCCAGAGGAAUGCCAGGAGAGAGAGGACGCUCAGGACCAGGUGGACUGGCUGGAUCCCGGGGACCUCCUGGAAAUGUUGGGAAGCACGGCCCAAUGGGACCCUUAGGUCUUUCCGGUGCCCCUGGCUUUCCAGGAAUGCCAGGCAUGAAGGGUCAACCUGGACCCACUGGUGUGCGAGGGCCUGAGGGACCACAAGGUCAGAGAGGUGAGACCGGACACCAAGGAAGAGUUGGAUCAACUGGUCUUCAGGGUCCAGCAGGUAUUGAUGGAGGUCCUGGUACCAAGGGUCCUGUGGGAAAUCCAGGUCCCCAAGGUCCUGGUGGUCUCCUGGGUCCACACGGUCCCCCUGGGCCCCAAGGAAGCACUGGACAGCCUGGAAUCAAAGGCACAGGGGGAGAUGUUGGUGUUCCUGGAUUUAAAGGAGAGGCUGGACCUAAAGGCGAAAUUGGACCUUCAGGGGCCCAGGGACCUAUAGGCCCUCAGGGAGAGGAAGGGAAAAGAGGUGCUCGUGGAGACCCAGGGUCGGUGGGCCCUCUUGGACCUCCUGGUGAGAGAGGUGCUCCUGGAAACAGAGGAUUCCCUGGUGCUGAUGGAUUACCUGGCCCUAAGGGAGCCCAAGGUGACCGAGGACCAUCAGGAAUCGGUGGACCAAAGGGCACCAAUGGCGAUCCUGGGCGGACAGGGGAGCCUGGGCUACCUGGAGCCAGGGGUUUGACUGGAACACCAGGUGUCCAAGGUGCUGAAGGAAAACCAGGGCCACUGGGUCCACCAGGUGAGGACGGUCGUCCAGGGCCAGCUGGGUCUGUUGGCACACGAGGCCAGCCAGGAUCGAUGGGACUGCCCGGUCCUAAAGGUUUCAGUGGAGAUCCAGGCAAGACAGGAGAACAAGGAUCUGGUGGAGUUCCAGGGCAAAGAGGGCCUCCUGGUAAAGAUGGUGAAGUAGGCCCAGCUGGUCCUGCAGGUCCUGCUGGCCCAGCAGGAGAGAGAGGAGAGCAGGGACCCCCUGGCAUGCAUGGCUUCCAGGGAUUACCUGGACCUCCAGGUGCACCAGGAGAGGGAGGAAAGCCAGGUGACCAGGGCGUUUCUGGAGAAAUUGGACCUGUGGGUGCCCUUGGACCAAGAGGAGAGCGUGGCACACCUGGUGAGAGAGGCGAUCCGGGGCUUCCCGGAUUGCAGGGACCUAAGGGUAUUCCUGGAGCGGCAGGACCCGACGGAGCAAAGGGAAGCCCAGGACCUACAGGUGCUCUUGGUGACCUUGGCCCACCUGGGCUCCAGGGCAUGCCAGGAGAGAGGGGCAUUUCUGGGCCAUCUGGACCAAAAGGAGACAGAGGAGCCUUGGGGGAUAAAGGUUCAGAGGGAACCUCAGGAAAUGAUGGUGCCAGAGGACUUCCCGGUCCUGUGGGCCCAGGAGGACCUGCUGGCCCUAGUGGUGAGAAGGGAGAACCUGGUCCAAAAGGGCCACCUGGACCACCAGGGUCAAGAGCAAUGCCAGGAUCUCCAGGAGAACCUGGGCCAAUUGGUCCUGUUGGAUUUGCCGGACCACCUGGUCCUGAUGGUCAGCCCGGAGUAAAGGGAGAGCCUGGAGAGCCAGGACAGAAAGGAGAUGCUGGGUCACCUGGGCCCCCAGGGUUGUCAGGAGGUCACGGGGCUCCAGGUCCUGUAGGAGUUGCUGGGCCUAAAGGUGGCAGAGGAACACAGGGAGCACCUGGCCCAACUGGUUUCCCUGGCUCUGCUGGACGAGUUGGCCCACCAGGUCCAACUGGUCCUGUCGGACCAGCUGGACCGAUUGGUCUUCCUGGGAAAGAAGGACCACCUGGCUUACGUGGAGACCAUGGACCUCCAGGACGUCAGGGUGAGAGAGGCCAAGCUGGUCCUGCUGGUGGCUUAGGAGACAAAGGAGACGGUGGAGAGGAUGGACCCACGGGCCCUGAUGGACCACCAGGUCCGGCUGGCACAACAGGACAGAGGGGAAUUGUGGGUCUUCCUGGUCAAAGAGGAGAACGUGGAAUGCAUGGGCUUCCAGGGCCUGCGGGUCCUCCAGGAAAACAGGGAAAUCCUGGUGCUCAGGGUGACAAAGGCCCUUCCGGACCAGUCGGUGUGCCAGGUGCUAAUGGACCCCGUGGAGACCACGGACCUCCAGGUGUACCUGGCGCUGAUGGCCCACCAGGCAAGGAUGGAAGUCUCGGUCUCAGGGGAGACAGAGGAGAUCUUGGCCCUGAGGGACUGACUGGGGCUCGGGGGGCUCCUGGGUCUCCUGGCCCUGUUGGUACAACUGGAGGUCCUGGCAAGAGGGGAGAACCAGGCUCUAGAGGUCCGGUGGGUCCUCCUGGUUCAGCUGGAAAGAGAGGCCUCACAGGACCACAAGGACCCAGAGGCGAUAAAGGAGACCUUGGUGAUCAUGGCGAGAGGGGGCAGAAAGGUCACAGAGGAUUCACUGGUCUGCAAGGACUUCCUGGACCACCAGGCUCAACUGGAGAUCAGGGAGCACCUGGAAUUUUUGGACCAAGUGGCCAAAGAGGACCUCCUGGGCCAGUGGGUCCUUCUGGUAAAGAAGGCUACCUGGGGCAGCCUGGACCAAUGGGACCUCCAGGAACUCGUGGUCUAAGUGGUGAUGUCGGACCCGAGGGACCUCCUGGAGAGGAGGGUCCCCCUGGGCCUCCUGGUCCCCCUGGCCGCCCCACUGCAGCUAUGGACGACUUAUUCGGUGGGGGUGAUUACGGGCCGCCACCACCUCCAGAGUUCAGCGAGGACGAGGCCCUGCCCAAUAGCAAUGGCUCCGAGGCCCUACAGGCCGACCCCGGCGUCCAGGCCACUCUGAAGGCCCUCAGCAGUCAGAUCGACAGCAUGCGCAGCCCCGAUGGCAGCAAGAAACACCCGGCACGAACUUGCGAGGACAUCAGACAGUGCUACCCCCUGAAAAAGAGUGGUGAAUACUGGGUGGAUCCAAACCAGGGAAGUGCAGAGGAUGCCAUCAAAGUGCACUGCAACAUGGACACGGGUGAGACGUGCAUAUCCCCAAAUCCAUCCAGCAUACCUCGCAAGUCCUGGUGGAGCUCCCCUUCAAAUAAGCCUAUUUGGUUUAGCACCAACAUGAAUGGUGGAGUUCAAUUCGCCUACGGAAACAAAGAUCAACCAGCCAACUCUGUGACGGUACAGAUGACUUUCAUCCGUCUCCUCUCCAAAGAGGCUUCCCAAACCAUCACCUACCACUGCAAAAACAGUGUGGCUUACAAAGAUGAGAAGACAGGAAAUCUGAAGAAAGCAGUUGUCCUCAAGGCAGCCAACGAUCUAGAGCUCAAGGCAGAGGGAAAUAACCGCUUCAGAUACACUGUCGUAGCGGAUACUUGCUCACAAGCCAAUGGUAACUGGGGCAAGACAGUUUUUGAGUACAGGACACAGAAAACAGCAAGACUUCCCAUAGUGGACGUGGCCCCUGUGGACAUUGGUGGUGCAGACCAGGAGUUUGGAAUUGACAUUGGGCCGGUUUGCUUCUUGUAAUAAAUCAGAGGAGAAUGGGAUGUAGUGAUGAGAACCCUGAGACUCUUGAACUGACUGCUGACUCGAUCAGCCUUGUACAUACCGUACAAUGGACUACUCUGACCCUGUUGCAAGAUAUUUAUUGUCCCUUUCUAAUAAUUUAGAACAACAACAAAAAAAAACAGCAGUAGUUUCAAGCCCACUGUAAAUCAUUAUUUUUUCCUAAUAGGGAAAAAUCCACUCUCAUAGAAAUCAAUGCAUAUAAUGAUGUGCAUUGAUUAUUGUGAAAUCGAACCCAAAAAUAAAACCUAACGUGAAAUUUUCAUUACAAAUAAUUUGCAGACAAGUGUUUUUAUUCAGUCAUUACCUGCUGUUAGUCAAUCAUGAGUUCAGUUGCUUCACCUGACACAAGUGUCUCUGAGCAUCAUUAGUUUCCUUUUCAAAACCAUACUCAUUUGUUUAUUUUUUGUCAUUGCAUUUUCAAGUUUACUUUUUUACAACAAAGAAAUGGUGCUAAAAUGGAAACCUGUUUCAGUUAUUCCUCUAAGAAAGAAUGUUUGAUAAUGUUGAUAAAAUUGCCACCUGUAACCAAUUAAAGGACCUUCACUCUGUAAUGAUGAUGACAUCCAACUGAGAAUUAAAGAUGAGACAGUGGAUUGGUACAGAUGUAAGCUACCUCGUCUCUAUGUACUAGGAUUGAUACAUUUUCCACACAGUUGCAGGGAGGAUCUUCCAACAAUCGCACAGAACAGGGUUGUGGACAGUGGAAUAAAGAUCUUACAGUCACUGAUGGAACAACCAAAUCAGUGGCUGAGGAAAGGUGUGUUUGAGUGACUUUAUAUUGGACAUAUUAACAUUGGUAUGCUUAUCAGUUAAGCAAGGUAUUUGCUAUUGGGAUGUGUUAUAUUCUUAUGCAUGUAGCUAGGCUCUUUAAUCGGCUUUGCAGUCCCUUCUAACAAAUCUUUUCCCUCCCAACAACCUUUCAGCCAUUGCAAAGAAUGGCCUUAACGCCAAGACCUUAAUGUAUCUUUUUGCUAUGCAACAAAUUAAACAUAUGCUUGUGUAUCUCA